AUGGGCGACAUUCUAGAAGAUGAUAACGAGAUCUCCUUUCCAGUAAAGUUUCUUGGCCGAGUUGAGGUGGUCCGCCCUGAUGGACUACAGAUCCUGAAUGAAGCAGCUCAGAGCCUAAAGACGCCGGAUGAAUAUUCCUCAGAAAAGGCAGCGAAGAAGAGCAAAGUCCAUCUCUUCCUGUCACUGAGUGGGGUCGACAUUCUGGAAUACAAAACCAAGUUUUUGUUGUACACGUGCCAUCUGUCCACUAUCUCCUUCUGUGCCGUCCUGCCAUCUGCACCCAAAGUCUUCGGCUUUGUGGCGAAACACCCUGCAGCAGACACGCACCACUGUUAUCUCUUCCAGAGCAAGAAGUUUUCUCACGUGCUGGUCUCAGUCAUCGGGGAUACCUUCCGAGCUUCAAAACAGGAGAAGAGCGUCAAAGGGGGACAAGACCUGGUAGUGGAGGCGCUCAGACACAAGAAUAAAAUGCUGCAGAGAGAGAAUGCUGAGCUGAAGAGGAGGCUUGCAGGACAGACUGACUGA